GCUAAGGUUCAUCGGUUAAUUGCUGGCUGAGAAUUCGCCUUUGUCAAAUUACGCUGGUAUUAAAUACCAAAACCACAGCCAACGCUACUUGAAGAAAUACUAUGCCAAUUUUGUUGCAAUCAACAACAAUAACCACAAACAACAAUCGGCAAGCAGCAGGCAACAAGCGUCAGACAAGACCAGAACACAGCAGCAACAGUGACGCAGCCACAUGGUGCCCAGAUUACAAAUGAAUGCCAACAAUGAGCAACAUAAAUCAUAAGCGAAAAUUAGCAACAAUUAUCUACAAUAGCCACAGAAACGAGAGGAACGUUUGAAACGAGAACAAGUGAAAGUGCUGCAGUGAUAAGACAUACAUAUGUACCUACAUAAAUAUGUUUAUAGUUUAAAGGAAAACAAAUGAUUAAUAACUUUGCGAAAAAUGCAUAAAAAAAUAAGAAACAAAAAAAUACUAGAAAUGCCAACGGAAUCAACCGGAUAAUUUACAACUAUAACUUGAGCAAAAUUCCUAAAAGUUGUGUAUAUGUAUUUCUGUUUGAAGUAGCUUCCUAUGCGCUUAAGUAAUCGCUACUUAACAAUAUUCUGCAGCUAUAAGCAAAACAACAAAAAUUUGUGCUAAUUGUGCGAACCAUUAAUAUUUCGUGAAAUUUAAACUACAAAAAAGUAAAAAAAAACAUUACUCUUAUAAUGUAAACAAGCAGCAACGCUGAAGGCGCAACAAACUUAAAGCAGAACUUUUAAAGUUAUGAAAAUAUUUGCAGCGAAACGACUAAAUACAGUGCGGCAGUUGUUUUUUAGGCUGCAUUUAAUUAAAACUAAAUUAAAACUGAGAUAAAAAUUCAACAAGAAAAAGUUUCAAAUCAUCUUGGCAAAGUAAAACUGCUGUGUUUCAAAUUUAAAUAUUACGACACAUACAUAUUUAUAUAUUAUAUACGCGUAGCAACAUGGAUAAGAAGGACAAAUCGAAAUCGAAAUCAAAACCGAAACGUUUGAAGGCAAAUAAAGAGUCGAGCACAGCAUUGGAUGUGGAUUUAUGGGAGCAAAAUGAGGAUCGCUUCACCACCGUUGAACUACCCGCCAGCGCCAAAAUGCCGAACAGCAGCAGCGCCCCGGCCACAGCAGCUGCAACAAGCACCACACCCGCUAGCGGCGGCAGCAGCGCACACAGCAAAGCUAUCAGCAUUAGCAUUGGUGGUGAUGGGCCCGAUGGUCCACCAGGUGGCGGGCGUGAUCCCAUCGAUGCAAUCAACUAUCCACCAAAUACGCCCACCACACCUGCUUCGAAGGUAGCCAUUGGCGGUGGCGAUUCGGGUGCUGCACUCAUUGCACUCGACACAGGUGAGCCCAGCGAGCCGGAGCGUGGCAAUUGGACGGGACGCUUUGAUUUUCUACUCUCACUGCUCGGCUACUCGGUGGGACUGGGCAAUGUGUGGCGCUUUCCCUAUCUGUGCUACAACAAUGGCGGCGGCGCCUUCCUCAUACCCUUUACAAUAAUGUUAAUUAUCGCCGGCUUGCCGCUCAUGUUCAUGGAACUUUCAUUCGGUCAGUAUGCCGCAUUGGGUCCAAUAGCAAUCUAUCGUCGCUUUUGUCCACUAUUUCGUGGUCUCGGCGCUGGCAUGGUUAUCGUCUCGGCCAUUGUAAUGCUCUACUAUAAUUUGAUUAUUGCCUGGACAAUAUUCUAUAUGUGCGCUUCGUUUCGUCGUGUGCUGCCAUGGCAGAAUUGUGAAGCUGCUUGGAGCACUGAAAAUUGCUUCUCUUACGAAAUGGCCGAUCAGUGUGAUUCCGUCAAUGGCACCUUCUACCUGAGAACGUGCUACAAUAUUAGUUACGCCGAAGAGCACAAUAUCACUGAAUUGGCAUUGCAUGCGCUGAAGCGACCACCAGCUGAGGAGUAUUUUACAAACUACGUACUCGGUUUAUCUUCAGGCAUCGAAGAAACUGGUGGCAUAAAACCCGAACUAGCCGCAUGCCUCUUCGCCGCAUGGGCUAUAGUUUUUCUGUGUCUUUGCAAAGGCGUGCAAUCAUCCGGCAAAGUAGUCUACUUUACGGCGCUUUUCCCUUAUGUAGUGUUAGUUAUACUAUUCUUUAGAGGCGUAACACUACCUGGCGCUAAAACUGGCAUUUUAUUUUAUUUGACACCCGAUUUCAAGCAGUUGGCUAAUGCGCAGGUUUGGGGCGAUGCUGCCGUGCAAAUAUUUUUUGCGCUCAGCCCCGCCUGGGGUGGCCUGAUCACAUUGUCUUCCUACAAUAAAUUCUCUAACAAUUGUUAUAAAGACUCUCUGAUCGUGGCCAUUUGCAAUAUAGCCACCUCAUUUUUUGCCGGUUUGGUCAUAUUCUCGAUCAUCGGUUUUCUAGCGCACGAGUUAGAGGUGGAAGUGAAGAAAGUUGUCGAUCAAGGUGCUGGAUUGGCAUUCAUUGUUUAUCCGGAAGUGGUGACACGCCUACCAGUCUCACCGGUUUGGUCGGUGCUAUUUUUUGUUAUGUUACUUACGCUGGGACUGGACUCACAGUUCGCUCUCAUGGAAACAGUUACAACUGCCAUAUUGGAUAAAUUUCCCAAUUUACGACAAUACAAGACAUGGGUUGUGCUUUUUGUUGGUAUUUUUGGCUAUCUCGGUGGUCUCGGUUUUACCACGAAUAGCGGCAUGUAUUGGCUGCAACUAAUGGACAAGUAUGCUGCCAAUUGGUCCGUACUACUUAUUGCCAUAUCCGAGUGUGUUUUAAUUGCUUGGAUUUAUGGUUCACAACGUUUUCUCAACGACAUUCAGGGUAUGAUAGGUAAAAGAUCGAGAUUCUGGAAUGCCUUUUGGUCUGCAAUGUGGCGUUAUAUAACACCGGCAACAUUGUUGUUUAUUCUCUUCUUCAACUGGGUCGAAUACAAACCCGCCUCGUACGGCCACUAUGUCUACCCAUUGUGGGCCGAUGCGGUUGGUUGGUUCAUCGGCCUCUUGCCGGUACUUUUUAUUUUCAUCAUCGCCUUCCAACAAAUUUGCAAGGCGCCUAAACAGCUUUCCAUGAAAGAGCGUUUAAAAUUUCUACUGCGUCCUACUGCCGAAUGGGGACCUGCGGGAAGACCAUGCGUCAAUUUGCAUGCCGAGCGCUACGACAGCCAAAAUUAUGACGUUGUGGCCAAUACGCAAGUACUAAUUAAUGGGCUGCCCGCCGAUGUGUCACCCUAUGAGGACAACAGCAAUGGAUAUCGUGACGAGGCGAUGCAACUCUGAGAGCGAGUGAGCGCAUCGUCGACUACGGCAGCAGCAGCUAGAACAUCCACUGCUGUUGUGCGCAUGAGUGAUCACGUCGAUGAUGGCUCGAUGGGUCUACGAAUGGGUGGUAAUGGGGCAAGCAAUGGCACUGGUGGAACUGGCGGCGGAGGAGGCGGUGGCGAUAGAAGAGGCAGCGGCGCUGCUGUGACAAUACGAAAUGGAAGUCAUACUGACUAUGGCACCUCAGUGGCCAUCAAAACAACCAGCUCCACUGGCGCUACCAAGCUACCUGGCCCUAGCAUAUUGAAGAGCUCGAAGAGCAACCAAUCAGCCAGCAAUGGCCGUAGCAAAGGACAGUAUCAAACCGAGGCGAGUCCAAGCCGGCAGCCGUUAAUAGAAGCGGAGCUGCGUGCCAACGACAGUGUCGGCUCGUACCUCAAUGAGGCAGCCGCACUGGCACAGCGCAAAGCACUAGCCAAUGGUCAGGGUGUUGAGGCGAGUGAUAAAAUGACAAAAGUAACUGCCAGUAUUGUAUUGCCAACUAAGACGGCAAUGACCACAACCACAGCGGUGUCAUCAACUGCGCCCACUGCUACCACCACAACGGCGGCAACAACACAAGUGUUAGUCGCCGGUACAAUGAGCAGUGGCCGCGAGCGCAUGCUCACCACGUUUGGUGAACGUGGUGUGGUACCAGGAGCGGAAGCAAUCGCAACACCGGCAUCCAAAGUGGCAACCUCUGCAACAGCAACUACUUCUGCAGCCAACGCAAAGUCAGUAACAGCAGCAUCGGACUCUAAAGUGCCAGCCGUCGAUAAUAAGCCAGGGUUAGUGGGUGGCACAACACAGCCAACAAUUACUUCAACAGCAAUAACAAGCACAAAACAACCUUUGAGCAUUGCAUCAGCAAUGCCGGCAACGAGUGCACCUGCAGUAACAUCAACCAUAGUUACCAAACCGACGACAAUUGCACCUACUGCUGCCACAGCAACGAUUGCUAAGCCUAAGCUGGCGACAACAUCAACGGCAGGUGCAACAACAGUCGCUUUAUCUGUUAAAACACCAGUGGUUGCAGCGGCAACAACAACUGCGACGACUAUAAACACAACACAACCAGCCACAGAAACGUCAGCAACAACAGCGAGGCCAAAAACAACAGUCACAACAAAUACAACACCGACAGCGCAAAUGCUUACGGCAAAAGCCAGCACUGCAGCUGCAACAGUAACCACGUCAGCAACAGCAACAUAUUCCAAGCCUGCAACAGCAGUCACAAAGUUACUUUCAGAAGUCAAGAAGCCAUCAGCAACAACAACUGCUACCAUACCGCCAACACCAGCUGCAACUACAACAAAAUCAGCAACAGCUGUUACAACAGUCUCUGCUGCAAAAACGAACACACCACCUAACACAACAGCAACAACUACAACUGCCAAAGUAUCGGCCAUUGUCGGCAAAGUCACAACUACAGCAACAACAACAACAACAGCGGUUAGCGCCAUAUUAGUAACAGCAACAACUGCGGAACCAAAUGUUGCUAACACUCCGCCAGCUCCGACGCUUGCAGCGCAAGCCACAACAAAAAUUGCAGCCACAAAAGUUGUCAAUACAGCUACAAAGCCCAUCAUCACAGCUAUACAAAAGCCAACAGUGCUGACAACAACUUUAACAGCAGAAGCUAAAUUGCCGGCAACAACAAAGGCGACGGCAACAACAGCUGCAACCGCGACAACUGUAAUAACAAAUAGAGGUGGAACAAAGGCGUCGGUUACGGCGGCGUCAGCGGCUAUUACAACUAAAGCAACACCCACAACAGCAGCAGCAGCAGCAACAUUAUCCACAGUGCCAAUAAAAAGUGUAGCCGCCACAACGGCAACACAAACGAAAGCUGGCGGCCCAACAACGUCAACACCUACUACAACCAAGUCAAUAACAAAUACAACAACUACCAUGACGAAUAAUGCUAGCAAGAAAUAAUUGUGCUGCGAAACCGAUUAUUUCUCUCACGCUUGCUCAGUUCGCAGUUGGACCGUAAAAGAAAGUAAAGUAAUAAACAAAAUAAUGGAUUAACGAAGUAAGUACUUAAGCGCAUAUUAUUUAUCAUACAAUUGUAGACUACGUACAUAUUUAUUUUUAUCAGUAUCUACAUUUCGGCAUAUAUACAUACAUAUGUAUGUAACAACUUAUAGUUAUACUGAAAAACGGACGUUGAAAAGAUUACAUGUUUUGACUUGAAACUACUAUAAUGCAGUCAUAAGUAACCAAAACUAUAAACUUAAUUCUACAAGUAUCAUACUUAUAAUAACUCUAAUUUCUAAGGCAUAAUUUAAGGUGUUCAAAACGUGCAGUGCAACCUAACCCAACUAAAUACUAAAAGCGUACACACUAUACCUAAGAAGAAAAAAAAAUAACAGACAUAUUUUAUGAAUUAAAAUUACAUAAAUAAGUAUUGUAACUGUACAUAUGUAACUAGUAACGUACUAGUACCCAAACGUAUAUCUUCCUAUUUGUUUUUUUUUUUGUCGCCAUAAGAAGGUUGAAAGCAUUGUCAAUUUGUAAAAAAAAAAUGCUAAGUGUACGUGUACGGGGUUUCCCCGGAAAGCUUGAGCUGGGAAAUUAUUAAUCUUUCAUCAAUGCAUGUACCUAUAUACAAUACAAUUGUCGAUACCAAGUAAUUUUGGUAUCGAUACUUUUGAACCAAGUACUGAAUAGUUAUCGAAAAACAAAUACUCGUAUCGAAAUCCGAUACCAAGGCAAAUUUGGCUUCGGUAAUUUUUCCUUCACUUUUAUUUCUAAGCGCCUUGGUCUUCGUGGAUGCUUAAUUGCCAGCGAAAACCGCGAGGAGGCGACAACGUCCAUAUAUUUAAUACAAGGCGCAACUGUUCGAGUGGAAGAGUAAAUUGGAUGACCCCGUUCAUAUGAUAAUAACACCUACACGAAUUUACUUGCGUUUAACUUGCGUUAGCAGCUUGAGAAAAGGGCAACAAAAUAGGCGUAGUUGUAAAGGCACGAUUAGCUCCCGUCAUGUAAACAGGGUCUUAUUUUUCGCACUGAAAAGACUAGCGGAAAAUACUAUUGAAGAAAAGAAACAAAAAAAGAAAAAGAGUCCCACACAGAGUUGAUUACAAAAAACAAAAUUAAUAGUAGAGAGCACGUUGCUAAGUCGGGAUUUACUCAAGCGUCGAAGAGACCUAUUGGGUUUUUAAAUAUGUGAUAGAAAAAACGGUUAUAUGAUGUAUACCCUGUGAUGGCUGAGGAAUGUAUGUUAAUCCGCCAGUUUGUAUGGAGGAUGUUGCCGUACGGAAGGGUUAAAAAUGAAAAGAAAGAAGCUGCUUCAAAAUGCAAAAAAACAUCGCCUUAUUGGCAAAUUAAUUCAAUGUUUCCUCCCACAAGAGUAGAAGGCGUGGCAAUUAUUCCAUCUUUACAAAAUUUCAUAAUUCUCUAUUUCUAAAUAAAACUAGAGCACAUGUCAAGUUUCAGUGAAAUUGGUGCAGGCUUUAUUAUUGUUUCCAUCUGCCUUCAUAUAGUCGAAACACUGUGCCGCGCGAGGGCUUAGAUAUGGUGGAAGUAUUCAACAGAAUGCAAGGUAUCCCCCAUAUUUUAAUCUGGCGCGCUUGAGUAAACUCCCGAAUCCCCUCUUGAUCUUCGCUUCUACAAGUAUCAGGUUUUCCUUUGUCAAUUUCAACUUAAAAGUUAUGUAUUUAAACCUAUUCCGUUAUUUGUAUGAUAAUUCCAUUAUUUGCAUAAACAUCCGCAGCCUAGAUAUGAUAAUUAUUUUAAAUUUAUAAAAAAAUCUUUAUGUUUUUCGAUCUUAAGGUCAAGUUAAUUAAAACUAUCACAAUGAGAUUUCCAAAUCUUUGCUGUCUAAUUUAGCUUUUAUUUCUUGUCUGUUGGACAAAACCAUAGUCGAAAAUUAUUUAAUUGUGCUCAAAUGUUGACUUGAAUUACUAGCAAGGUUCGACUAUUAGCGUAAGGUUUUGAAAGGUGUUGUUGUAUCUGCGCCAUUAUAGUUAUUUAGCAUAGUGUGAUAGAGAUCGGUGUUUUUAUGUGAUCGUAUUGUAUGUUAAAAACAGUUUUAAGAGAAAGUCUCCAUAUGUAUAGGUGUUAACUAUUGAAACUAAAAGAAUCGGUGCUAUUGAGUAUUUGAAUCCUAUAAAAUAAAAAUGAUGUGUAGAUAUAUCGCAGCUGGAAAUGUCUUACCCACGAAAUUUCGUACAAGUGGUUAUAGCAUAGCUUUAGGCGCAGUGUGGUAUAAAAGGUGGAUUCGAAGGUGAAACACACAGCCCUAUUCCCACGUCAAUGACAAAGCUCAACGCAUGAUGACUAUCUUAACUACUGCGGCUAAAAUUAUGCUUUUAGCGUUUUAAUUAUUGCAAAUAUCAUUGAUAUUGUUAUGAACUAUGAACGACCGUUUUCUCAAGUAACCUGUAACUUUAAAGCUCACUUUAUAUUUAAAGGUU